AUGACACCGCUACUUACAGUCGCAGCUGCGCUUUCAAUGCCGGCACUCUCGAUAGCAGGGGUCCUAUCAGAAGCGAAGGUUCUGUCAUCGAGAAUUGUUGGUGGAUCAAUGGCAAAACCGGGCCAAUUUCCUGCUCUUGUUGCAAUUGAAGUAGGAGGGGUCCAAAACUGCGGAGGCACGUUACUUGGUCCGAAUCUUGUUCUCACGGCAGGGCAUUGUGUCAGAGGCCAUCUCACCAACACAUUGACUGUUCGUGCUGGUUCGCUGACGCGGGUUGAAGGUGGAAUAACUGUUGGCGUUUCAUCUUACAAGAUUCAUCCAAGAUAUUACCAGCCAAAAUUUGAUCAUGAUCUUGCAGUGGUGCACCUGGCGUCUUCGAUCGCUAGAGGCGAGUCAAUUGACUAUGGAAACCUCGCGGCGGCUGGAACCGAUGUUGCGGCGGGCUCAACGGUGACAGUAGCAGGCUGGGGAUGGACGAGGAAUUCAGACACCGCCACGACCACAGCAUUGCUGUACGCGUCGAUCCCCGUUAUGGACCGUGCCACCUGUGCGACGCAUUAUGCAGGCGAAAGCCUGGAAAUCACCCAAACCAUGAUCUGUGCUGGUAUGAAAGGGCGAGUGUCCUGCAAGGGCGACAGUGGCGGUCCCGUAUAUGACGCGUCAGGCCGACAGAUUGUGGGAGUGAUCGCAUGGGGCAAACAGUGCGCUGAAAACGGUCAUCCCGCCGUGUUUGUUCGCGUAGGCAAAUAUCGCGACUGGAUUGAGCAAAACAGCGGGCGCUCUUGA